GCCAGCGUGGCCUCUCUCACGCUUCUCUCUGCUUACGUCUAUAUUGUUAUUACCGCAGUCCUCCAGUUGAUUUGAUACGAAAAAAAUAAUAAGUAAAGAGAUAGGUAUUAUUGUUGUCGUUAAACGGAUUUUUUUUUGUCUUAAGACGGAAAUUAAAGAAUUGGGGGAAAAGAAUAAAUAAAUAAAUGGAGACGCGUAGUGCAAUAAAUACACGAAAAAGGAAUAGCAAAUAUGUCGUGAAUCGUAAUGAUUGUAAAAAACGUAAACAAUUUGUGUUGGAACCUGGUAUGACGGGAUUUUUAUGCACGUGCAACUUUCACGAGAGAGGCUGCGUUACUGAUGCUUACAGAUUACUAAAUUUAUUUGCGGAUGAGAAAUCAGAUAUGAAUAAGGAAUUCGGGACGUCGAGUACAUCAAACACAUUUACCAAAAAGGAAACUGAUAAAUCUUUAGAAGAUGAUGAAGAUGAAGAUAUAUCAACUGCUUUAGAGAAAGAAAUUAAUGAACUCCGAACGGAACGCGAGAUGCCAUUGCCUUCUCGAAAAUUUCAAGUAGUAGAUACAGGUGUAAAAAAUAUGAUUUUCAUAACUAGUACCUUACCAAAUCCAUUAGAGUUGGUUACCAAAAUUGUCUCCAAGCUAGACGCGACCAAAGAGCAAUGUACUAGGUAUCUGUUAAGGCUCCUUCCCAUUGAAGUUGUAUGCAAAGCAUAUAUGGACAACAUAAAGACGAAAGCGAGUGAGUUAUUUGAAAAGUAUUUUGCUCAGGAGCCCAAGACAUUCAGCAUUGUGUUUAAUCGUCGCAGUAAUAACAGCAUUAAAAGGGAUGAAAUUAUUGAAGAUUUGGCAGAAAUAAUAUUGAAGAAAAAUCCUGGUAAUAAAGCAGAUUUGAAAAAUCCAGACAUAGCUGUGAUUGUUGAAGUGAUACGUGGGAUUUGCUUACUAUCUAUUGCUCCUAAUUAUUAUAAAUUUAAGAAAUACAAUCUUCUCGAAAUAUGCAACAGUACAAAAAAUAAAGCAACUCCUAAGGAAGAAGUAGCAGAGUUAACAAAUGAAAAAAAUCCUGAAGAAAAUAUUGAUACAACAGAAAAGCAAGAAAAUUAUACUAGUGAUAAUAAAAAUUUAGAUGUACAAAUUGAAGAAAAAGAACAAGUCAACUAAGCCCACCUCUUCAGAUAGAUUUGUUUGUGAAUAUACAUAGUGCAUAACUAUUUUAUAUUUUAUAAAGAUACAUGAACUGUAAAUAAAUGUCAUGCAUAUGAUGUGAAAUAAUUUUUAUGUUUUUAUCAAUACAGCUCUAUUAAAAUCGUUA